UAUAGUGUUAAUGUCAUAAGACACGCUCAUCUAAUCUAUAAUGGAAUUAAAUCCAGCAAGUGUAUUUGACAACGGUAAUUUGAAAUGGAGUACCGUGGUAUAUUUCUUCAUACCAAUGAUGUGUUUGUCUGAAGCCGUUAUUCAAUCAUGUGUGUUUAUUCCAAACGAUUUCCAAAGAAAUAAUAAUAAAUGUUUAGAAUAUUGGACAGCAAGAGACAUGACACAUGGCUGCAUUUUCAAUCCAAUAAAUCUAGAGUUCACUGGUAGGACCAAGACAUUUCAAGAUGAAUAUUUAAUAACAGUCAACACCACUGAUCAUAUUACAAUGGAGACUAUUGAAAUAUGGGUACAAAGAAAAGAUGGCAUAUGUUUAAAUAACUGUUGUCGUAAGUGCUUACGUAAUUAG